AUGGCCUCCCCCGGUUCCUCCGGCACCACCCGCAGCCGCCGCACCAACCCGUUCGAAGGUCCCGACCCCGUCUUCAUCCGCGAUCUCAACAUCCUCACUCGGACGUACUUCUUCCUUGUGUUCCGUGAGCACAACCUCCGGGAUCACAUCGAUGGCUCCGUGGAUUCCCGCUUCAAGGAGGACGAUGAGGAGUGGACGUCCAUCGACGCCACUCUCAUCCGUUGGUUCUACACCACCAUCUCGAAGGACCUCUUCCACACGGCGGUCUCCGCCAACGAUGACGCUCACGCCGUUUGGACCAAGCUCAACGACCUCUUCACCGACAACGCGCUCCAACGCAAGGUUUUCUUGUACGGCGAAUUUUUUGGGUGCCAGCAGCUCGACUCGUCUGUUGACGAUUAUUGCAUGCGCCUCAAGAAGUUUGUUGACGAGCUCCGUGACCUCGGUGAGAAGGUCUCCGACGAGCUUCUUCUUAGCACCCUCAUCGCCGGCCUGAACGACGACUUCGGGAACGCCGCCUCCAACAUCCCUCUUAUCACCAACCCGACGUUCCCCAAGAUCGUCGCGUACCUGAAGCUGGAGGAGAGAAGGAUGCAGAUGUCGCGCACCCGGGCCACCCACACGGCCCUCACCGCCGGUACCCGCGGCGGUGCGCCGCCCACCGCUCCGGCCCCCCGCCGCGGCCUGCCCCGGGCCCCUUCCAGGCGCCGCCCCCGCCCGGGUUUCCAUACCCGCAGCCGCCGCAGGCCCCUCCGCCGCCCCCCGCCGAGCAGCCGCAGCGCCGUGGUGGCCGCAAUCAGCAGCAACCGGCUGCACACGGCGGGGCGCCGCGCCACCAGCAGCCGCAGCUCCCGUCGGCACCCUGGCAGGCCGCCUUACCCGCCCGCGCCGCUCUACGGCCCCUCUAGGGCCUAUGGGCUGCCCUCGGCCGGUGGGUUCGCGGCGCUGCCGCCGCAGCCGCUACCGUCGGCCCCGGCCCUCCCGCCGGCGCCUUGGGACCCCGCGCUUCUAGCGGCCCUCCACACUGCCCCCACGCCGCAGCAGUACACUGGCGGUGGCGACUGGUACCUUCGGAUGUUGCGGCUUUGCCCGCUCCCGGUGACGGCCGCUCGCGUGCUUCUCUUGGGCCGCCUCCCGGCUUUGAGGGGGCUGCACCCCCCGGGCGCCCGUGAUGCCCUUGGCGUCCCCGGCCCUGACCACGCCGUCGGCCUCCCCCGCGGCCGCGCCACCUCCCGGGUCCCCUGUGCCCUCCUCGGUGUCCCCUGCGGCCUCGGAGGUGGCGGGCUCUUCUUCGUCAUCGCCCACCGCCACCCCGGACUCGCUGCCCCGCUCGAUGACUCGCUCUCGGGCUGGCACUUUUCGCCCGAGCACGCGUUGGACGUGUCCAACGCCUUCUUGCACGGCCACCUCGCUGAGCAGGUGUUCUGUGAGCAGCCCACCGGCUUCGUCGACGCCGCGCAUCCAGACCAUGUAUGCUUGCUCUCCCGUUCCCUUUACGUGCUGAAGCAGGCGCCUUGGGCCUGGUACCAGUGCAUCGCUGCAUUCCUGCAAACGCUCGGAUUUACAUCGACUCGCUCUGAUGCGUCCCUCUUCGUGUACGAUCACGGAGUUGACACGGCCUACUUGCUGCUCUACAUCGACGACAUCAUCCUGACGGCAUCCACUGCUGCGCUCCUCCAGCGGCUUACUGCUCGUCUUCGCGACGAGUUUGCCCUGAAGGACUUGGGGCCCCUGCACUACUUCCUUGGCAUUGAGGUGGUUCGAAGGCCAGAUGGGUUCUUCCUGCACCAGCAGCGCUACACCCAUGAGCUUCUUGAUCGAGCCGGCAUGCUUAACUGCAAGCCCGCUCCCACGCCUGUCGACACCAAGGCCAAGGUUUCCGCUCUGGAGCGUUCUCCUGCAUCCGAUGCGGCCUUCUAUUGCUCCAUUGUGGGUGCUUUGCAGUACCUGACCCUGACGCGCCCCGACUUGCAGUAUGCUGUUCAGCAGGUCUGUCUUCACAUGCAUGCUCCGCGUGACUCUCACUGGACUCUGGUGAAGCGUAUCCUCCAUGACAUACGCGGCACCCAGUCCAUGGGACUUACGCUGACGGCCUCCGCCUCCACCGACCUCGUCGCCUACUCUGAUGCGGACUGGGUUGGCUGCCCGGACACACGAUGCUCCACCUCGGGGUGCUGUGUCUACCUUGGGCUGUCUCUGAUCUCUUGGUCCUCCAAGCGACAGCCCAUCAUCUCCCGCUCGAGUGCCGAGGCAGAGUAUCGGGCAGUGGCUAACACCGUUGCUGAAUGCUCUUGGCUUCGUCAGCUGCUCCAGGAGUUGCUUUGUGAUGUUCACAAGGCCACGCUCGUCUACUGCGACAAUGUCUCCGCCGUGUACCUCUCCGCCAACCCGGUCCACCAUCGUCGAACGAAGCAUAUUGAGCUCGACAUACACUUUGUUCGUGAGAAGGUGGCUCUUGGGCGCUUCCGGGUCCUCCACGUCCCGACGGCGUAG